AUGUCUCGUGCAGCUGGUCAAGCUCCUAGAUCUGUCCUCAAGGCCCUCUCUCUGCCCCUAGAUGGGGCUGGGACGUCCUUUACGCCACUUCAUGGAGGGUCGGGCUUCGCUCAAACAGCCCACCUUAAGGCCUCAAUUUCCAACACAAGCAAAGAUGAAAACAAUUCCAAUCAAGAGAAAGAUUUCUUCGUGAAAAUAUCAUCAUCCGCCUCAUCGUCAUCUUUCCCAGAAGAAGGAGCCAUGUUUAGAGGUGAAUAUACAAGCCUUAAUGCAAUCUCCGGUGCUGUUCCAGAUAUGUGCCCUCGGGCACUUGCAUGGGGUGAAAUCAAAGAUGACGACGAUGAUAACAACGGUGGAGCAAUACCCAACGCAUCGUCAAGCUGGUUUCUUGUCACGGAAUUUUUGCAACUGCGUGGCACUCUCGGCCGCAGACCAGCUUCGGACCCAGCCAGCUUAGCGGCUAGAUUGGGCAAAUUGCAUUCCAUCCCGGCACCGGCCCCACCAACCAGUGAGGAGGUCAGGCAGGCAGCAACUACAAAUUUCACGUUGAAUGGUGCAGAGGGUGAUGAUGGAAACGUGGAAGAUGCGAGAGUGCCUCAGUUUGGGUUUCCAGUCCCGACUUUCUGUGGGGAUGUAAGGCAACCCAAUCAAUUUAGGCGUUCAUGGGCAGAUUUUUACGCAAAUCAACGGUUGAGAACUGUCCUUGAGGAAUCUGAAAGAAGGAACGGGAAAGAUAAACGUUUACGAGAUCUGGUGGAAAGGACUGCCCAGGAGGUUGUUCCUCGCUUGUUGGGCGAUGACCACCUUGGGUUCGACAAGGCAGGGAAUGGGAAACCGGUAACUCCGGUUAUCGUCCAUGGGGAUCUCUGGAGCGGCAACACUGAUAUAGGGAAGAUAUGCCGAGUGUCUGCGGGACAAGCUAGUGAAGAAGAUGCGGUAGGUGACGUGGUCUACGACCCAUCCUCAUGCUACGCCCACAGUGAAUUUGAACUGGGUAUCAUGAAGAUGUUUGGUGGGUUUGGGAGCCAAUUCUUCAAAGAAUAUCACCGGAUUGUGCCAAAAACCGAACCGGUCGAAGAAUACGAAGACCGGAUUGAUCUAUACGAAUUGUAG